GGAAUUGCUGCUGGAAGGUUUUUUGGACUUUAUGGAAACUGGAGAGAAAUCAAACAAGAUGACAGAGUGACUGGGCAACUGGAACACAGCGAUGACCUAACCAAAGAUACUAAGGAUGAAACAGCUGAAUGAAUGUGAAAUCUUUAAUUGACAAAUAAAAGCAAAAGGAGGACAUCUCCGACAGACAACCAAAGCAACACAAACCAAAGGGGAACAUACCAACCUGCUUAUAUAAGAAAAUCUACGAGUGAAACACAGCAGAAGCAGCGACUGAAAAAGCAAAGAGAGAAAAUGAAGUUGGAGGCAUCUCUAGAGGACAUGAGCGAGUGGAGGGAGGUGGAUUUUGCCCUGAACUGCACCUACAUCGUCCACGACCAGGCAUCCGAGCCCAACUUCAGCCUGCCCAAGGCCAUGACCUCCAUUCCGCGAAACCUUACCUUCCAGUACAGCUCCAACAACCAGGUGACUGGCGUUUUCAGCAAAGAGUACAUACCUCAAGGUACCCGAUUUGGACCUCUACACGGAGUCAUUUACACCAAAGAAAAUGUGCCCCUUCAGACCAACAGGAAAUAUUUUUGGAGGGGUGUAACUGGUAAAAGGAGCGUCAGAGAUAGGGAAGUUAACAUGCCCUGGCACGUCUGCAGUGAAUUCCCCCGUAUACAAAUGAGAAUGAAAGUAGGAGGAGAAAGGGGCGGAGAAGCAGCAUGUGCAGAUCGUUUUGACGGCCAGCAUUUAUAA